UAAAAGGCCAGAUUUAACUGGAAAAAAGCAAAACUGGCAACACUGAUAGCAAAAGCUUUUCCUAAAUUCAGCCCUGAUAAUACAAAGGCGAAAUAUAAAAACUCAAAUUUUCUACUUGCUCCAAGUGAAACGGACGUGCUUUUCCCACACGCGAACGAACGUCUCCGCUCAUUUGUUUGUGCUCCAGCCCCGCCACCGCCGCCCGCCAGCGAUCGACCCCCCGCCCGUACGCGUGCUUCGUCGCGAACAAAGAGUGGAAAAUUUCCGAGUCAGCUGAAAGCGAAAUCCCUUGGGCGUUUAUCGGGCCGGGAACACAGAGUUUCUAGCGGCCCACCUUCCCCCAACCGGAUCGGCUUCGUCCCCCCACUUGGAUGGGUGUGAUUCGUCGUAGUAUGCAAGAGAACUGCGUCAACAAGGACUGUCUGGGUCUCCGCAAACGUGUCUGUGGUCUGCACCAAACCUGGAAGUGGCUGCACCAGACGCCUGCCCUGCACGAAUACCUCAUCUCGAACAGCUCCGUGGCUGCAAACACACCGCGCAGCAGCGAGCCCACAGUCUAAAGUCCACACAAAGACCGACCAAAGCCAUCUAAAACCAAAACGAAUACAGCAUAACGUAGAAGAUAAGUAGACCCCACACAAUACAUAACCUAAAGACGAGCGCACAGACAGCAAGAACAUCAUCAGCUGGCCAUAAACCCGUCCCGUCAAGAGCUUUUACCGAACGACACACCGUUGACCUUGUUUCGCUUGCAAGUGCAUUGCGCCGCUCUCGUCGUCGUCGCAGCUCACCAGCACCUGGCAACAGACACAACGCACACACCUUUACUUCCUUGUGAGAG